CGCGCCACGGUUUGUCGUUGAAGAGGACGACGAAAGUUCCGCGAGAGCCGGCGGUUUAGAAGAAAGAGUUGCACAGAUGGCGUCGAUCGGAACCCCAUGCAAACUGCUAUUUCUUGUAAACCUUGCAGAUAAAUUCUCUUUUUCCGUUCUCCGAACUGUUGGAAAGCUGGCGAAGGAUCCAUGGAGUGGUAGGUGAGUAAUGUCGACCUCCACCCUAUUUAAACGUUUGCUUGUCGGCUUCCUUGCUUGAAGACGCACGAUGGAAAGCAGCUUCUCCUUCAGCUCGCAUCCUCGCUUCCCGCCGACCACCGCGGCGGCUCCGCAGUAUCCGACUUCAUCCAUCGACGAAGCCCUUCCCCAGAUCUGCCUCUUGGUGCUCUCCUUCCUCAUCGUCGGCGCGCUCCUGAGCGUCUCCUUCGGCUCGGGCUUGGAGGAGGAGCAGGAGAAUUUGGCGCGAAGGAUGAUGGAGAAGAAGAAGAAGCAGGGACUCAGCCCCGAGACCGUGACUUCGUUCCUGCUCGUGCCGUUCGGAGCCGCGGGAUGGGGACGCGAGGAGGCAGGGGAGUGCGCCGUGUGCUUGGCAGAGUUCGGCUGCGACGACACCUUGAGGGUGCUGCCAAGGUGCGGCCACGGCUACCACGCGGAGUGCAUCGACCCGUGGCUCCUCAGACAUGCCACGUGCCCGCUGUGUCGGAAUGACCUGGCGUCGCUGCCGGCCAUCGCACCUGGCCGCCGCCAUGUCAUCGACGUUCCUCACGAUCUGUAG